UGUGUUGAUAAUCUGACCUAUGCGUGGAUGGAUAAACCGUAUUCUUCAAGUUUAUUUGUGUGCAUUGAAAAUCAGUAUUUAAAAAGAAAUUAGUUUGUACAGAGGGGGUGAGGAUAAGAUGAGUCUAACAUCAGACCUGGUGGAGCUGAGCCAACAUCUGCAGCAUGAGCAUCUGUUUGUGUCCACUGAGAGGGAGCAGCUGCAGCGCCUGUACCAGAGCGUCACACUCCUGUCUGAGAGACUCUUCCACAACGCAUGGAUAGCCAGGCAGCAGAAAGUUAACCUGCAGCAAUAUAUAGAUCAGGGGACAAAUGCCGGAGAGAGUUUUGAAGUAUACACCACCAACAACCAGCUAGAGUCAACCAACUUUGUUGACUCGUACAAAGUUUUCAGCUACCACGACACCAAGUACGGUGAGCUGUUGAAGUUUUUGUAUGAAAACCCCAACCUCGUGGCCUACAUCAUCAGCGAGGCUGAGAAACUCUCUCGCCUCAACGUGCCCAGGAUGAUCAGCCUGAUGGUCACGUCCAUCUACGGCAACUGCAUCUUCCAGGAGGAUGAGCAGGCGGUGUUGCGUCUGCUGAAAGCUUUGCUUGACAGCCAGUUAGCGAACAGUGAGAACCCCAGGAGGUUGAUUCGCAGACAGAACAUGUCUUUUUCUUUAGUAUACAAACACUACUGUGAAAGUUUAUUCUCUGCGCGGUUGUUUUUAACUGCUGCUUUGUAUGACCCUAUCAUGAGACUUUUAAUGGAAGACGAGUGGUUUUUUGAUAUCGACCCAGACAAAGCUAUGGUGAGGUUUCCCCCGGCGGAGAAGCUGCGUCGUUUUGGUGAGCCGGGUACAGAAGAGCACGCCCAGAAGCUGGCGCAGUACAGGUCGUACAUUGUUGAUAAGUUGGUGUUUCUGGCUGUGAGGUUUAUCAACAGUAUCAAGGCAAAUAUUCACUGUUUUCCUCCUAGUUUAGGCUGGCUAGUAUCACAGGUGUAUCGUGUGCUGACCGAGAGAGGUCAGGUGAGCAUGCAGGAAGUGCGAGCGAGCUGCGCAGAUCUAGUUUUCCCUCUGUUCAUCUGUCCAGCCAUCUGUGAUCCAGAGCCUCAUGGUAUCACCUCCGAUGUCCCCAUCAGCCACAUCGCAAGACACAACCUCAUGCAGAUGGCUCAGAUCAUUCAGGUCUUAGCUAUAUCACAGUGGGAGGAGAUAGAUCCUAAAGUCAAAGAUCUCUAUGGGAAAUUUGAAAAGGGCUGUAUGUCGUCUGUGUUAGAUUUGUUCCUAGAAGGACCCUGGGAAGACAUAACAGAGCAGCAGACAGCAGUGCAGCAGUCACAAGGUACAGGAGCCACUAGAUCUGCUGUCUUGUUGAUGUCAGGGGAUGUAAGGCAAAUGAUUGGUUUUUUGAGAAACUCCACCUGCCAGCUGGAUGAGAAGACGCCCAACAAGAAACAGCUGGAGCAGCUGUUGUCUGCCCUCCCUGCUGACAUGCCCCCAUCAGCUGCUGACAACCUCUCAAUGCCUGGGGGUUCAGGGGUCAUCACACCAUCAUCAGGGUUACCGGGGUCCGCAGACUCCCCUGGGACACCCACCUCUGACAGGAAAUCCUUGAAAUCAAGAACAGUUAAAAAGAAAAAGUCAGUGACCAACGCCCCUGCGCUCGAUGCCUUGUUGGCUGACCCUCAGGAGAGUGAGGCAGCCACAGGUGGGGACGUGUUGGUCAUCUCCAUCUACCCACCCGGUGACUGUCCUGGCAUGCUCAGUGAGAAAAAGGUGCUGUCCUCCAUGUCUGAGACAGAGACCAAGAAAAACUCCCCACUCCCCUCCCAGCCCAGCAGUACAGUGACCACAGUAGCCCCACAGGCCCCACCCAACCCAGAGAUCCAGGAGAAGAGAACUAGGUUCUCACUCUCGCACGACCAGGAGUCUAUAGGCAACGCUAGUGACUACCAAGAGGUAAUAUCUGAGGCAGCAUCCAGCCACUCUGUUGAGGAUGAGAAUGAACUGGAGACGGAUAACUUUUCGGACAUGAUGUCAGCCAAUGUCAGUGGCCGAGGUUCGCCAUCCAUAAGUGGACGGGACACGCCCCUAUCCCAGGCGGGCAGUGUAGAAGAAAACCCACCAGCGCCCCAGCUCCCAGUUCCAGUCCCCGAGACUGUGAGGAAAGAAAACAGAGUUGAUGUCACAGAGAGGUUUGGCAAGUUUGAGAUUAAAGCUGAGCUGGCUAUGGAAAGGGAUGAAUGCAAGUCUACUGUCAGUGACACCUGGAGCACUGACGUCCUGGCCAGUGACUCGGAACCACCAGAACAAAACCAGGUGGACAGGCUGGAGGAGGUGGCUGAGGAGAUAUCCAGGCCUCUGUUGCUGGGGUCAGAGCCUCUCUCUGAGAUAUCAGAAACAGCCAGUGAUGCCUGGAGCACUGAUGUACUGGCUAGUGACACAGAUGAGAAACAUUCAGAACUUCUAAAGGACCUUGAGCAGGAUCUCAUUAGUGGUGAUGCUAACGAAGGUGAAGGCUCUAUAGGACAGGAAGAAGGAGAAGACCACUCUGAGCUAGAUCAGCUGGGUGCAGUGGGUGGUGGCCUGAUGUCUCAGCUGUCACAAGAAAGUAACGAGCAGUUUGCCUUCGUCUACCCAGACAGCACAGGCAAGCCGGGUGACGACGCUGACCGCAGCAGUAAUGGGAAGAAAAUAUCCUCCAUCGUCCACCAUUUCCAGUCUGGCCCCAACCUACAGCUCCCCACCAUUCACCGACUCCCUUCUCAGUCGUUGAAACACGCGGAGGGAAAGGUUAGCUCAGCGCUGAGCACGUUUGAAGGGAACACGUCAGGCGCCACGUCUGCCGUGCAGUCCUCCACUGGGGCCAGGAGCAAGGUCCAAGACAAGAAGAGCAGGGAGAGUAGGGGCAGUCAGGGGGGUGGGGACGACGGGCUGGAGUUUGACCCUCUGGCACCUAGUGUGACUAGCCUGGGGGGUCGCAGGAAAAGCAGAGACAAAUGGCCUUGGAGCAAAAGUGGUAAAAACUCAUACGACCAGCAGGGUACAAAUUUGCCCUCCAACAUGGAGCCACAUCAGACACUUCCUCAAGACCUGUCGUUAACUGCAGGCCGAGGUGGCCGGACGUCGUCCAGAGAUUCCGGAAUUGAUAUAUGGGUCAACACAAACGGCCAGAUGUCCGGCAGCUCGUCCCGGUCAGCAGCUGCUGCGUUGAUGAACGCCAGGUCAUCGUUAGACUCCAGUCUGAGACACAGCCACCCGGUGCCAUUACCUGGCCGGUCCUCUCUGGACUCGAACCUCCAGCGCCUGCACUCUAUAGGCGGGAUGAGCUCCAACACAGACUCUGGCAUCCAGUCGCUCUACAUAUCCCCCAACACCUCCCUGGACACCAACACACCCCCUCUGGAGAUGGACAACCCCUUGUUCAACAUGAACACCCCCUCGGACAGCCCCGCUAAAAACAACAGCAACAACAACGACUUCAUCUUCACAAACUUGAAUGAGAAAAAACCCAGCAGCCCAGUCAGCAAGGAGCCCCUGUUGAUCAUGGACUCGGCUGUAGUGGAGGAGAACUUGAUCCACGCGGCUGAGGGGGAUGUGUACAAGAACAGGAAGCUGCGCAGGAACACGCCUCAGAUUGAGGUCACGGACAUAUUCAAAAAGAUUUCAAUCAUCAAAAACGAGGGUGAGCCGGACGACCAAGCGGAGCUGGGGGACGUCCCCAACAUGGGGGAGCAGCAGAUCUCAAACUUAAAUGAGAGGAGACUGUCCUGUGCCCUGGUGGAGAGGUUUGACCCCUUCUCUGUCCCUGGGGAGGACUUCGACACCCCCUCUGCUGAUGUGAUUGACUCCAGUGUCCUGUCCGCUGAUGUGUUCAAACUAGGUGGAGCAGAGCCUCUCACGGAUGGCAGAAAAAGUGCUGAGCCAGAAUCUUUAGGUCAGCACAGAAGGGAUAGCAUUGGGAGCAACAUCUCUGGUUCCUCGUUAAAGAUGACCACAGCUGCAGAUACAGUGAAGGAACCUUCUCCAGAUAGUGUUUCUUUGGUGUCAGACAAGGAUGUCACAGAUGGAGAAAAGCAGAAAAAAAGUGGGGGCGUGGGUUUUCUGCGAACAGUCAAAGACAAAAUCAAUAGAGGAAUAAAGAGAAAAAACACAAAAUUUGAUAAAGACAUAGAUCCUCCAGAGAAUGACAACACAACAAAGCAAACACAAGGCGCAUCAGCAUCAAAGGACUCAGCUGCAUCAAAUCAGGAAACAACAGAUGAUAUUUUAGCCAAGUACCGCACACCAAAGAAACAACCAGCCAAGCCUGGAGCCAACAGCAACAACAGCAAUUCAUCAGCCACUGGCCCCCGCGCAGACUCCACGGACAACGUCCAAUCAGGCAGCAGCGUGAUCCCCAGCAGAGCCACCAUGCCCUGCAGUACAGACAGUCAGAACCUGGAGGAGAGUCAUGUUCAGAUCCUGGACCUGGACCAUCUCGAGACCUGCCCCGCUUUUUUGGAUGCCAAGAGGAAACUGAGACUUGUGCUGAGCAUGGGGGAUGUGUACUUUGGCAUUGGCCAGAUCCAGUCCAGCAGUCCCAGAGAAGGGUGCACAAACCGAGGGAAUGAGUUGAUCAACAUCUUGACGGCCCAGCUGGCUGAGGCCAUCAAUCUCCAGAACAAGGACCUGGUGGCUCAGUUGUAUGAGGCCCUCAGGUGUAUCAAGAUGUUCGACUCGGAUGGUUGCAAGAAACUGCUGAGGUCUAUGAGGGAGGACUACUGCACCAGAUCAGCAUACAUUGCCUACCUGGUCAGGUGUCGACAAGGUCUCCUGGCCACAAGGCACCAGUUGCAGCGACUGUUGAGUCGAAUCAGCAGAGAGAAAGAAAUCUGCAGCAAACAUCUGACCAACAUCUGCGCCAGAAAUUUCCUGGAAAAGAGAGAAAAAAGGUUGUGGAAGUUUAUCACAGAGUUCCAGAAGUUAUCCAUGUCGGAUGAGAAGAUUGAUCUUGUGGAACAGUUUUUACAACAACUGUACCAGGAAAUGGUCUCAGACCCCUUGUGGAAAGCUGCCACAGACAAUCAGCUGGAGGAUGGUAAACAAGCCAUUGAAAGGUUUCUCAUGAGUCGGAUCUACACGCAUGCCAUGUUCCCCAAUGGGGACGGGGACAUUCUACGGGAUCAGCUGCUUCAGGAGCACCUGCGUAAACUGAGUAAAAUCAUCACCCCCACCCACAAAGAUCUGCGCAUACCUCGCAUGUACCAUCUGGAGUGUCCCUGGCCCGCGGCUCAGAAGGAAAUUUACAUGAUCAAUGCAUACAGGACCCCCAAAGACAAAAUCCAGUGUGUCCUGCGCUGCUCCCAGACCAUCAUGAACCUGCUGAGCAUGGCCAACGAGAAGUCAGUCCCUGCAGCCGAUGACUUCAUGCCUGUCCUCAUCUUUGUCCUCAUCAAAGCCAACCCCUUCGGCCUCCUGUCCACCAUACAGUACGUCAACAGCUUCUACGAGAGUCGGCUCCACGGGGAGGAGCAGUACUGGUGGCUGCAGCUGACGUCUGCUGUUGAGUUCAUCAAAACAAUGGAGUACUCAACCUAGAUCUCACAGCAUGCGUGGUUGGCCAGAUUUUUAUUGUGGAUGGCAUUCAUUGGUCAGAUAUAUUGUGGAAUUCCUUGAUUGGUCUAAUAUAUAAUGUGGAAUACAUUGAUAGAUAUUUAUAGUUGAAAAUGUUGAUUGGUAAAAUAUAUAUUGUGUAAUAAACUGAUUGGUCAAAUAUAUAUUGUGAAAUUCCUUGAUGAAAUGAGAUAUAUUGUGGAAUAUAUUGAUUGAUCAGAUAUAUAUUUUGUACAAAUUAAAUUUGUAUAUGUACUUUGAAGUAUCACACAAAACUGAGGCAAUUAAAUGUGUUAACCAAUGGCUGCAUUAGUGCAGCCCCUAGCCAAGCCAAAUAUUGUACAGUAAAACUUAAGUUUUGUUCCGUCAUAACAAACCAGCCUUUUUUAUCCGCAGUAUUAAUUUAUAAGUUGUGUGGGUGUGUAGCUGGUCUCCUUGUAUUGACAAUUUUAAAGUCCAUCGUACGUUCACCUCGUGUGUUAAAAAUUUUAAAGUCCGUCAUACGUUCACCUCUCACGUAGACACAGUAUUGUUGUUCUCUGCAUUUAACAGAAUGCUGCGCAGGUUAGGGGAUGAAGCCAAAUGUUAUAAGCACAAUAAUUUUAAAAAUUUGUUAUCUAUGAUUUUAUUUUUGUUUGUUAUUGAACACGUUUAUACCCAAUUUUAUUUAUUCGUUUUUUAUUUAUCUCCUACUGUUAAUAAAUUUCAUCCAAACUUCCUUUUAGUUGAAAAUAAGAAAAAUCUACUUAUGUUUAACCAGCAGAUUGUUAGUCCCACUGGCCAUAUACUUAGUCUGCAGAGAGUGAAUUUUGUGUGUAAUGCCAGGUUGCAUCACACACUUAGUCAGCAUUGAACAACUCACUAUUUUUUUUAUAUUUUACAAGGCAUUGAUUAAACGUUUUUUUUACAUCAUUUUAGAAAACAAUCUUUGACAUAGCCUAACAUUCUUAUUGUAUAACUCAAUGUCAAUUUUUGUUUACAUUUAAGUUCUGAAUAGUUAUUAAAUGAUUUGUGGUGAAAAUGAUAUCCCAUAGUUAUUUCAUGUUUUAAUUGUCCAUUCAGUCUCUCACAUCAUCCAGUGGAUAUUCAGGGUUCUGUCUUUAUCCUUAGGUAAACACAUGUUUAAAUCACUUUCGUUAAUUAAAAUACAUUGUUUUUAAAAAUUGCCUGUUAGAUAAUAUUAGUGAAGUAUUAGACGAGUUUUGUAUAAUUAAAUGAAUUAAAAUGUGUUAAUUUAUCAAUGUAUUUUGAACAAUGGUAACAGUUUUAAUAUCUUUAUAUAAUUGAAGGGAUCGGGUUGAUUUGAUAGGGCUAUCUCUCUGCUAUUGGUCUACUCUGUUUCACCCUCCUUAAAAGAUAAGUGUUGGUGUAUGUGUUGUUGUGUGUGUGUUCUACUUUUGUCUUGCAAUAAGUGUUGGUGUAUGUGUUGUUGUGUGUGUGUGUUCUCCUUUUGUCUUGCAAUAAGUGUUGGUGUAUGUGUUGUUGUGUGCGUGUGUUGUCCUUUUGUCUCUCCCUCCUGAGUAGCCAUGAAGUAUUUCCUGGAGGAAUCUCACAACCAGCUUAUAUCUAUCAUUUGAGAUUUCAAUCAUUUAAAGUUUUAACAUUUCUCCUAAUGUGAUGUCCUACACCAAACAUUAUUUGUUUUCUUGACUUUAUGUUUCUGUUACCUAUAUAAAAAUGAAAAAAAAUACUGUUUUUUUGGAGUGCUAUCAAUAAUUUACUUAGGUCAUAAUGUUCUCUUUAUUAGAAGUUGUUCAUAAUGUAAAUUUGUGUGUAAAAAUGUUUUCAAUUAAAAACAAAUCUCGUUUUAAAGUACAUGUAUAAUAAUAAGAAAUUCAAUAUAUUAGGAAGUAAAAUAGUAAGGUAAAAUAACUGUAAACAAACCAUAUAUGUUGUUGUUGCACCUAUUUUCAAAACAUUUUUAGACACGUUUGUUUUAGCUUUUGAUACAAGAACACUUUACUGUGCAUAAUCUAAUAUUCCUGUAAAUCUAAACAUUUUUUAAAACUUUGUUGCCAUAGAGACAACUAGAAUUGCAAGGUGAUAAUUGUAAAUUUGUGUACUAAGAACCUAAUUCUGUUUUUUUCCCCUAAUGCUGCAUGGUUUAAUAAAUUGCAAAUCACAUCAAUUAUAAAAAUCAUAAAGGGAUCUCAUUUAACACUGAUGUAUCACAUUUUGCAAUUGCUAUACAAAAUUUUAUUCCAAAUUUAAAUUACUCUUAAACUUCUGCACUAGACUUGUAAGAACUAGCCGCUCUUACUUUAUUAGACUCAUUGUGAUUUACUUUCACUAGACUCACUGGCAUUAGCCUCCCUUCAAUUUUACUAGAGUCAAUGGGGAAUAGUUUCCCUUUAAUCUUACUUAAACAUUCACAAAUUUUGUUGUAUUUUUAACUUUGUGAAAAAAAAAAAGACAUUCCACAGUGCCAAAGAUGUUAGUAUAAAGGUAGAGUAAUGAAAUCACUUGCUCUGAUUUGAAAACAAAACAACCAUUCGUAAAGCUUGUAGUUGCAAUGAAAUAGACUGGUAAUAUUUUAAUCAUUAUGUUGAAUUUAUACGUUGCAUGUUAACUGUUUAAUCAAACAGAUCCCUACAUUGUUAACUAUUAGCCACUAAUUAUUUAUGCAAAUGAUUUUCUAGGUGUAUUAUGGACAGCAGCAUGUUGUAUCAAACUAGGCACAAUAAAGUCACGACAACCUUGCUAUUUUUAAAACCUUUUCCUAUUUUACUUUUAGUGUUUGACUAUUUAAUAUUAAAGAUUGUUUUAAUUUAAAUUCAAACAAUGUGUUCAUCUGGUUCUCAUAGGCUACAAAGUUUCAAUUCAUGCUCAAACUCUGACUGUAAUUCAAGCAUGGGUAAUUAAAGUUGUUUUUUUUCUUUUUUUUUAUGAUACCUCAAAGUUUUGGACUAAAUUUAAGCCAUUGGCAUUUAGUCUGGUGAUUUUAUGACUUAUGAUGCCUGUCGUGUUUGGUUAUACCAUAUCUUAAAUAACAUGUCACAGAAAAUAUUUUAGUAGUUUUAAUCAAUUAAAUAAUUCAAAUAUUUUUUUAUAAAUAUGUCUGGUUAUGUAAAUAAAAUAGAAAAAUAUGCAGCAUAAAUAAAAAAAAACUUUUGGAAUUAGAGGUGCUUUACACUUAGAUAUGAGGUUGUAUUGUAGAUGUGCUGUAAAAGGUUGGGGUUUAGUGCCCUGAGAUGUCUUAGUGAUGUGCUGUAAUGGGUCACGGGUUGAAGGGUCUGGUGUCCUGGGAUGUGCUGUAAUGGGUCACGGGUUGAAGGGUCUGGUGCCCUGGGAUGUCUUAGUGAUGUGCUGUAAUGGGUCACGGGUUGAAGGUCUCUGGUGCCAUGAGAUUAGCUGUAAUGGGUCACGGGUUGAAGGGUCUGGUGCCCUUGGAUAUCUCAGACAUGUUUUUCUAUAAGCUGUGAUGUGUGAAAUCUUGAAAUGUAUGGAUGUGUAUUUUUAUAACAUUUUGUUAUAAAUUUGGUGUACAGGAAGCUUGUAUAUAUUUGAAAAGAGAUAUAAAUACUCAUUGUGUAAUCCUUGAAAACAUUUUUUCCCGCACCCUUUUCAAGAUAUUCCAUUUUUUAGCUAUUUAUUUGUAGUGAUAAAAAAUGGUUGAAAAACUAUCAUCAGAUUUUUGACUGGUCAGGUGAAAGAGAUUUAGAUACUCAUUUAUUUUAAAGUCCCGCAGAGUACAAUAGUCUAUUAGACACCUUUAAUAAAUAGAAAGGGUAUUUUAGAUGACCUUCAAUUUUAAUUUAUUUUUUAAUGUUGUUGCAUAUGAUUUAGAAAUUGAAUUGUGGUAAUAUUUAAAACUAUUUGUGUUUGCUUUGCACAUAAUUUUUUAGGCUUAUCAGGCUGCCAGGAUUUCUUCCUAUGCCCCUUGACCUUGUAAUAUCCUGGUGUUGUUAAGAACAAGACCAAAAAAAUUCUUUUGAAACUGGAAAUUCAAAGAUUUUCUUUUUCUACAUUCCCACGUUUUUAUUUUUGUUUCACUGAAGUGUCAAGAUGGGGUAACAGAGCUUGAUGUCUAAGCUUAUGAUGAUUCUGUCAAAGCUUAAAAUAAUGUUUGAAAAUUUUCCUCUCCUUUGGUGGCUGCUAGUCAUUGUGAUUUCCCCUAAUGGUUUGUGCUGGUUAUCCACAAAUUUUUGUCAUCCUUGGACAAUUGUAUGCUGUGUGAUCACCCCUUACGUAUGUCCACUCAAGACAUAAUAUGUACCUGUAUAAAAUAAUCCAUAUUGACCUCCAUAUAGGCUACUUUAUCUUAUGUGAUUUUAAUUUUCAAACUUUUAAUAUAAUAAUGAUAAUUAAUAGAUAAAUAUAUACAAAGACCAAAAAUUAUAAGGUGAUCAUUUAAAUUAUAUUUAGCAUAUGAAAAUAUAGUUGUUGAUGUGUUUAAGUAGAGGCAAUAAUUUUUAGCAAUAUUGAGCAAUACAAUUAUUUAGAGAAGUAAAAUUGUUCGAAAGAUGGUUUUUUUUUUUUUAAUUUAAAUGUUGGUGAGGCUUUUAAAAUUAAUUUUUCUUCAAUGUUACAAAUGUUUUCUUCUAUCAUUGAUUGCACAGAUUUGUGAAUUAAAAAUCAAUUGUUUUAACAUAUGACACAAUCUUACCCUGUCAUAGUGUACAUCUUUUUGUUCCAACUAGUACUUAAAGUAUGAUCAAACACAAUUCACAUCCUUCAUUGUUACUUACCAUAAAGGUUUUUAUUGAAUUAAACAGCCUGUUUCACCUUUAAUUCCUUCUUAUCAAACUGUUUUUCUUGACGAAAGUAUUUUCAUGUAUUUUUGAUUGUAACAAUCAAUGAUGGUCUGGCUGUAUGUGUAUGUGUACGGUCUAGGUACCCAAGCUCUUGGGUCAAACAAAAUUGUGAUCUAUCUUAGAUUUGAUAGUUGUUUUUUUUUUUCUUGAAGUUUAAAAAAUCCAUUCCAAUAAAAAAUGGGUAUAAAGUUUUUAAAUUUGAUGUGUGUUGAUGUGUGGUAAAAUGUUUUUUUUUCCCCUCAUGUUGUUGUUACGUAUAUGUAUAUCAGAAUCCACAUAUCAUUUGAACUUAAAAUGUCAAAAAUGACCUCGCUCAUUUAAAAACUACAGAUAAACAGAAACAGACAUGCCAGAUUUUUCCCAA